AUGAAUCCUCGGAAGAAGGUGGACCUCAAGCUCAUCAUCAUCGGAGCCCUGGGUGUUGGAAAGACUUCCCUCCUCCACCGAUUCGUGCACAAGACAUUUUACGAGGACUAUCAGACCACACUGGGAGCCAGCAUCCUCUCCAAGAUGAUCAUACUGGAUGACACAACUUUGAAGCUACAGAUCUGGGACACAGGAGGACAGGAGCGAUUCCGCUCCAUGGUGUCUACCUUCUACAAAGGCUCUGAUGGCUGCAUUCUGGCUUUUGAUGUCACUGACCUGGAGACCUUUGAAGCCCUGGAAACCUGGAGGGGUGAUGUUCUGGCCAAAACCAUUCCAAUGGAGCAGUCCUACCCCAUGGUGGUGCUGGGGAACAAGAUCGAUCUGGCAGACCGGCAGGUGCCAACGGAAGUAGCCCAAGACUGGUGUAAAGAGAAGGAUAUUCCCUAUUUUGAAGUCAGUGCCAAGAAUGACAUCAAUGUGGUACAAGCCUUCGAGAUGCUGGCCAGUCGGGCUCUGUCAAGGUAUCGAAGCGUCUUGGAGAAUUACCUCACAGACUCCAUCAAGCUCUCACCAGAAGGCCAGUCCAAGAGCAGUUGCUGCUGA